GCCAGACUAGAACGACGCUUAACAAAAUAGCAGCUCGGAAGGGGGUGGAAAACCCAGAAGGAAUUAGCAUUGGAAAUAAAAAUGGCAGGCCUCUUUCCAGGAGGUCGGGCUUGCAAGGAGGAUGAGUUUGGAGGAAAAACAGAACACCCUUGUCUCCUUCUGAAAUGUAUCCUCUCCUCUCACGUUUGAGGACUUGGCUGUGGCCACAGCCACACAUUUAGCCCCGCCGGCUGGUGGGAGAGACCAAAAAAAUAAAAGAAGCCCCCUCACCCACCCUCUGCUGAAGGAGGAUUCGAAGGCAUCCUAACUCCACCCUGGUCCCAGCGUCUCAUCCAUCCCACUUUCUGUGACAAAAAAGAAAAGAGUUGACACUCAAAAGGGGAAGCAGCAUGGAGAAACAGCUCCCGGAGGGGUCCCAGGAAUUCUGCAAGCAUGAACCUCACACUGCCAAGAAGAAAUUCUACAAGAGAGUCCAACUUUGGGCUGUGCUAACUUUCAUUCUGCUCCUCUCCCUCACCUUGACCAUCCUGGGUGUCUCCUAUUUUUGGAAACCUGCUCCCCGAAAGAUUUAUGAACUGGAGCACAUGUUUGUCAGCAACAUGGAAAAACAGAAAAUAUUACUGAAGAUUGAUCCCCUCACCUGGACAGAGACCUUUCAAAGCGGGAAGGGUCGUGAGGAAGUCCUUGAAAUACACGAUUUUAAGAACGGAAUAACUGGUCUCUUUUUCAUGGGGGACCCCAAAUGCUUUCUCCAAAAUCAGAUUAAAGGGAUACCAGAAGCAUCGCAGAUGGAGACCGAGGCGCCAGAGGCAGAGGAAAUAGCAGUCACCUAUUUUGAGCAAUCGGUGCUCUGGGUUCCGGGAGAGAAACCCAUUGAAAAUAAAGAUUUUCUGAAGGAUUCCAAGAUAUUUGACCUCUGCAAAAACGUCACUGCGUAUUGGGUCCAUCCAACUCUGCUAAGAGAUUCCAACAUUCUAGACUUUGAAAAAGGAAAUGAGGAUCCGAUUCCCAUGGAUGAGCGAAACCAAGCGGAUGUUCAGCAGGGACUCCGGUCCUUGAGCAAGGAAGAAAGCCAAGGCCCCAAACGCCAUGCUCGGCAGCUGACCGAAGAAGACUUACCAGUGAACGACUACACCGAGCACGGCCUUGAGUUCCAUUCCCUUUGGGACGAGAGGGGAUACUGCUGCGCCCGCUGCCGUCGAGCCCACCGCUACUGUCGCAGAGUGUGUGAGCCGCUGCUAGGGUACUACCCGUACCCCUACUGCUAUCAGGGAGGGCGGGUGAUCUGCCGUACCAUCAUGCCCUGCAAUUGGUGGAUAGCGCGGAUGUUAGGGCGGGUGUGAACAUGCUCCGUCCAAAAGUAAUAAAAAAAAAUUAUAAGCUUAGCGCAGCACCGGGAUUCCGACCGUCUCCCUGUAAGACUUUUCUAGGCGUGUCCUUCUCUUAAAGGCCAUUAGCACGAUGUAUGUGCACAUUCCUGCUAGAGCACAGGUGCAAUUAUCUCCUGAUCGUUGUCUCUGCCCCUUUCACCCCCCCACCCUCCCCAAACUGUAUCCUUUAUCGCAAGCCAUUUCUUCGGAUCCUGUUUUUUUUUCUUUCCUAUGCUUUUGCACCCCCUCAGAUAUAUAUUAUUCGGCGUAAAGUUUUCUGCAACAUAUUCAAGUGAACGGCUGUUGUUGUUUUUUCAAGCAGCAAAAAACAAAAAAAUUAUACGAUGUAAAGGGGAGGUUUUGGAAAGCAAGCACAUUAGCCCAAUUGCAGUUUGGUUUGCAAACUGCAAAUCCAGAUUGGGGUUCCCUGUUAAAAAGGGAAAUGAAAGGCCACUCGGGGGUCUGCGGAUAUUGCUGGAACAUGACAUUGCAUUCCAAGUUGAAAGCAAGAAAUCUCUUUACACCAGCAUUCUCCUAAAAAUCCGCCAGAGGGCAUUUUUUACCUGGAAAUAAACAGCAUUAGCUCAAUGUCAGAAAAGGCUAGGAGUACAUUCGGCCGGCCAUCUGUGCUUUUGCAGCCUCAACGGGAAAUCCUUAUUUUCUCAAACCCCCCCCCAAAAAAACGUGUAAACCCCCAUCCCCGAUAUUUGCAAAUUAAUUUCAGCAACUUAGGGUGUAUGUCCAAAAAUAUAUUCAGGUAGUCCUCGUUUAGCGCCCUUAAUUGGGACUGUCACUUCAGUCGGUAAGCAAAGGAUGGCUAAGUAAAACUGUGCUUAAGAGCUUCCUUCAGCAAUAAGGUUUCCACUUUCUGGCAAAAAAUUGCCCCACAGGAAACAUUUAACCACCACAGGAUUUGCUUUGUGACCGUGGGGGUUCUCUUCACUGCUGCAAAAAAAGAUAAUAGAAUCAGGUAUAAUUCAUCUGGUGAGUUUCUUUAUAAUCAUCAUGACUUACGAACCAAAAUUGCGGGUUCAGUUACGGUUGUAAGUUGAGGACUACCUAUACAGUAGUGGCCAAAAUUGUGGAAAUCUUUUGGGAAAAAGUGAAGUUUUUAGGUUUGAUGGCUAAUAACACCACUUUUUGGGGGGAGUUUCAAGAUACUCAUAUUUCACUGCUGGAAUGGCCUGGGAAUAGCCCAGACCUUAACCCAAUUGAAAAUCUAUGGAGCCGACUAAAGAAAUUGGUUAAUCAGAAGCAGUAAAACCCAGUUAACAGAAGCCAUCUUUCAAUCUUGGUUUCAUAUGAUAACAGUUGCAGAACUAAAAGACUUGGUUCACUCCAUGGGAAGACGUUGUAAGGCUGAAAUUCAUGCUAAAAGUUAUCCAACUAAGUAUUAACUGACAUGGGGAUAAGUUUUGUAUAUCUUGUUUUUUCUAUGGUGAUAAUUUUUGUAUAUCUCAUUUUUUCUGUUUCACUUUUCUUCUUUAUACUGUAGCUGCUAUUCUAAUAGCAAAUCCUUCAUAAAAGUUAUUGCAUUGCAUUCUUCAUUAAAUUAUGUUUCCAUUGAUAUAUAAUUUUAGGGUACCAUUCUCUCCCAAAAAGUGGUGUUAUUAGUUAGUUUUAGAAAAUUGUGGAAGGUUUCCACAAUUUUGGCCACUACUGUAUCUUAAUUUGCAGGAAGAUUAGAUAUAAGCAUGUAUAUAUUUCCAACAUUAGCAAAAGAAACAAUUCAUCCCCAGACACAUAUCACACGUUAACGACCAGAGAAAUCAAAAUAUUUGCUGAAUUGCAAGAUUGAGGGCAAAAGAAGAAUGGGACCGACAGAGAACGAGGUGGCUCGAUGGAGUCACUGAAGCAGUAGCCAUGAGUUUAAAUGGACUCCAGAGGAUGGUAGAGGACAGGAAGGCCUGGAGGAAUGUUGUCCAUGGGGUCGCAAUGGGUCGGACACGACUUCGUAACUAACAACAACAAUUGUUCACAAGAAAUCAAGACGACCAAGUGAUGUAUUUAAAGAGCUUUCAGAAUAAAAAAAGUGUAUAAAGGUU